AUGAAUGAACAACCAGCAAAAAACAAUUCUGCUCAAGAGGGACACACAGAUCAAAGUUCUCCUGAGAAGAACCAUCAAAUCACACAGAGGCAACUGGAAAUCAUUUCAGCAAGAUUUUCUUCUUCGGAUCUGGCUUUGACUGGGCGUGGGCUCUUCAGAACACUGCAGUGUCAUGUGAGCGUGGCUGUCUUUCUUCACAGUGUUUUGAAGAAGUAUGACGAAAGUGGCAAGCUCAUCUUUAACGAUGUUGAUCUGUGUGACUGUCUGGAGAAAAACUGCCUGGGCUGCUUCUACCCCUGCCCCAAGUGCAACUCCAACAAAUGUGGUCCCGAGUGCCGCUGCAGCCGGCAGUGGGUCUACGAUGCCAUAGUCACCGAGUCCGGAGAGGUCAUCAGCACACUGCCUUUUGAUGUUCCUGACUAGAUGUUACAUGGGGGAUGAUUUGUUUCUUUCUGUCAUUUAAGCCAACCU